UCAUGAAGAAGAGGGAGGUCAUGAAGAGGAGGAGGGUCAUGAUGAAGGAGAUGAUCAGGGGAGAAUGUCACCUUUAUUGGAAUAUGAAUGCCCAUACAGUCAAGUCAACUUUGAAAACCUUGGAAGCUUUCUAUUUGAGCGUAGAGAAAGAUAUUAUCUCGCUGCACCCCAGUUGGCAGGGAGCAACAGGCAUACAGAGAAAUCCCUAAUGAUCUACCAAGUUAUUGUGCAUCAUCUGCUGGAACAAAAAGAUGAACUUCAGACAGUCAAGGACAAUGAAAUUGCUGAAGUCUCCCACAAUCCCUUUCGCAGGUGGUAUGGAGAAACAGACACAUAUCGUGACUUUCAUCAGUAUCUUUUUCGAAAUAAAGACAUGGAAUCAAGCAUCCAUAUUGAUCCUUAUGCUUACCACUUGCAGCCAUAUGGAAACACUCCAGAGGACACCAAAACACUUCCAUCUACCAUUUACCUCGACAAAAAUGAAAUUUUUGAAUUUGCCAUCUCUUUGGAAAUUAGUAUCAGUCAUGGCAGUGUGGAUAUUGAGAACCUACAAGCUCUUGUCGAAGUGUCCAAUGAUGAACUUCUUGGAAUCGAUGCACAUUUCUUCAAGUAUAAAUUAAACAACACAAUCAGAUAUGAGGUAACUUUGUAUGAUAAGGGUGCCUUGGAGUUUCAGGCAGGGCCAGGUGUAGAUCUCUACCCAGCCUCUAUGCUUAUACAUGUAUGGCAUUCAACAUUCUCAUGUUUUAUCAAGGAAGGUGAUAUCUUCAAACCAGAGGGUAUCUAUACUAUGGAUGUAAUGCUUGGUUGCCCACCAGGGAGAAAGCUAGUCUUCGAUCUUCAGACCAGCAUUGACAUUCUUGAGAAGAGAUUUUAUUAUGACUGUCCCAUCACUACUGAAAACAGACCUUGUCUCCAUUAUCAUGACGUAUUCCGACCAAUGUUCAAGGUAGUGGAUUUCACAACAGGAGAAGCUAGUCUCUUCACUGGUCAAUACACACUGAAAGUGCUGGGUGGGAGUGAUCUAAGUGAAAAGGAUAUUGUUUUAUUUACACCGGAGGAGCAGCAAAAAUUUAAUGACUUAGACAUAAACGGAGCACGCAUAUGGCAGCCAGUGGAUAUGCAGAGCAUAAUAAACGACUCUACCCCUGUGUACUCACAUCAAAGUAACUCUAUACAGUGGAUCUGCCAAAGGGGAUCCCCUUGCUCUGAUGUGUUCCCUUCCAGCAAACGUCUUUACAGUCCUGAGUAUUACUUUCUCAUUGAGAUGUCUAAUCAUAGAGUCGAUACGGAUUCUACCUACUGCCAGUAUGAUCUGCAGUUUGUUGUGCAUGUACAUGGCAUGGCUAUUGGUAGUAAGAGUGCAGUUUUUAUUGUUGUGUGGUCCUUCGUAGGAACUAUACUGGCAGUGGGUGUUUUCAUUGCAUGCAACUUCAAUGAAAGGUGGUUAUGGCAUAGCUUGACAUCACCCUGCACUGGGCAUGAACACCCAAGCAAGGUGGUACCAGUCAGCAGUGAUUCCUCAGAAGAGGUUGAACUAGCGGUCCACUAUCAGGAAGGUUCAGAAGAAAGGCCAACAGGCUUAUCCACAACAAGUACUGUCAUUGAAAGCUUAGUAAGGAAUGAUGAAGAUUAUCAUGGAUUUCCUGCAGAUGAAUCUAAUGAGCCUCAAUAUGCAGGAAGGACAGACUCAUCGACACACAGAUCAGGAAGCCUUCAUCAUCGCUCUGUCUCAAAUAUUACACAUCAAUCAAAAACGUGAUGUCCACUUUGUAAAUGCCUUUUUUUUUGCUACUCAAGGUGAGAGAUGAAAGUGCUUUGUAUGUAAGCAGGAUCUCAUAUGUCAUAUUAAUAACAGAACUGUCAUAUAUUCUGAGUGCAGAGGGCUUUUCUAGAGAUCUGAUGACAACUUAAAGAGAGUUCAAACCUUUGUUAGUGAUCACCCGUGUAAUGUCUAUAAAGGCCACAAGAUUCGUUGAAAAAUGUAUCACAAGAGCCUUCAUAAGAAGCACCCACCCUUGCCUUUUUGCAUGCUUUUAAAGGCUUCACCCUAAUUCUUUGUGGUUGAUUAUUGCAUAUCCUAAAAAAAUAAUCAUGCCAGGUACCCAUUCACCUCAUAUGGAGAGAGGAAGUUGGUGCCAUAUUCGUGUUUGAAACUGCAAGAGAUGAAUUUAAUAGAACAUUAAGUGACUUCAUCUUGAAAUAAAGGAACCUUGAUCCAGUAUGACCAUUGUUACUCCAUAGAUAUCUUCUUGCUUCUUAUUUGAUAGCUUUCAUUUGAUGUUUUAUUUUUAUUAUAUUGGUAUUAAUUGUGUCACUACAUUGUCAUUAUAUGCUAUUAAAUCUUGUAAAUUUCAAGCCACUGGCUUUUCUAGGGUGUUUGAUGCUGACAUUUUAUGAUGUACAUAUUUCCUCGCAUAAUUUCUACUUAAUUAAAUAAAUUUGUUGUAAAUUAGAUCUGGGUUUAAUGCAGCACAAUUCAGAUACAGACAGUAGUGUUAAGUAUAUUAGUCCAUUCAUUAAAACAUGCUAAUGGGGGGUUGAAUCAGCACCCCCCUCAAUAUUUCUGUGACCAUUUCUCUGCGCGAUUUUUUUUACUGCGCGGUUCGAUAAUUACGCAACUUUUUGGCUAAAGUGUUCAACUGAUUCAGAAUUUGGACUGUAGUACAUCCCAUGUUAAGUGUUCAUAUCAAAUUAGGUCAUAGACCAAUCAUAAAUAGUGUGGUGGCCAUUACUUACUACGUACAUAAGAAACAUCUACAUACAGUGGGCUGUUUCAUAAAGCUGUUUGUAAGUUUCAAAUGACUUUACGCACGACUCCUGACCCUUUCUAGUGCUAAGCCAUAUAUCCUUAUGUAAUUGAUGUAGGACCUAAAAACAUGUAAUAGUCGUGCAUAACUUCACAAACAACUUUACGAAACACCCAUCCAGCUUAUAUCAUGCACAAUAUGAUCUGAAUAUGAGUGAAUUCAUCUUUCAAGAACUGUUUAAUGAAUGAUUAUAUUUUUUGUUAUUUCAUUUGGACCUAAUGUGCCAUGUUGUGUUAUUGAUGAACUGAAAUAUAUGUAGUUUUGCCAAGGUCAGUUAGUUUGGGACCAGAGAAAUCUGUUAUGCAUGAUUUGGUCUAAAAAAAUGACGAGACUAGAGUGAAUAUUCAACCAAUCAAGUUUACCUGUAUUUGAAAUGUAUUCAGCAUAUAGUCCUUAUGACAUUGUCAAGCACUACCUCAAAGUGUGAACAGAAUUUUACUGCUAGUACACCAACUGUUUGGAUUAUGAACAACAAAAUGGUAUCUUUAGCCAUCAGUUAUUAUACAUAUGUGUCGUUGAUGGCUUUGGUGUAAAUAUGUGAAUAUAUGUACAGAUUUUUACCAAAAGUAAAUGUUAUCUAACCAUAAAAAAAAGGAUGCCUUUUGUGUUAUUUUUCUUCAUUUUUCAUACUAGGUAAGUGGUGAAGGUAAAGCCCUCACAACUCACCUGGUAAACAAUGUUUGACGACUUCACAUUGUUUCAAGGAAUGAAACUUCUCCUCACUUUUCAAUUUCAUCUCUGUUCUUUCAACUUCAUUUCUACCAAACCCAACAAGGAAUCUUUAAAGCAAUAUGAAAGGUGUCCCUUUCUAACACCCUACCUGGGCUGUUCUCUGUUGUUAAUGCAAUUGACUAUCAUAUUGUUUCUUUCUUUUUUAAUUUUCUUCUGGGUCCAUUCCCCUGAAGAAUCACCCAGGGCACCUGCCCCAUGAAUAUGCCGCACACAAUGAACUUUACAACUUUCCAAAGUGGCCACAAAAUGGCAUGCUACAUUAAUUACUUAACUGCAAGACAAACAUCAAAAUCUUAAUACAUGCUCCCUUAAGUAAAUCACACACUCAUUAGUAAUCACCACAAUAUGCAAAACAGCAUAAUCUGUUGAAGCUGUCAAUUAAUUGUUGCAAUAAAGCGAGUUUAUUCAAUAGACACAUUUCAUUUGUUAAAACAUUUUUGAGAGAGCCACAAGUUGAGUGCAGUGCAUAAUGUAUGAACGACAACUUUCACCUCUCUCACCAUCAACAUCCAUAUUACUUUAAAUACGCAGGCAGAACUGUACAAGAAUUUGCAGAUUGCAGUGUUGUAUUGAGGAAAAGUAAAAACAAAAAAUUCAUCAAGACAAUAAGAUGUAUAAGACGUCUCAAUUCUCUAACAACCUACUCUUCUCUCGUCAGAAAAGGAUCAAAAUGAAAGAACGAUUCCAAUGCAUAUCAAAUCUCCAUUCAUGCUCAGUGAAUUAUACAAGACUUUCAGUCAACAUAAAACAUUAAUGAGUCUUGUAUAUAUAGUCCGAAUCACUAAACUAUGUUAAUGAGAAAGAUACAAAAUGUUAACCAUGGGCAUAUCUGGUUUGCAAGAAUGUUGGUACUUUUUAAGAUUCUCCUUUUACAUAACUAUGGUUAGCACCAUGUAUUUACUUGAUACCAUAAAUGUUGCCCAGUUCCCUUACACAUAAUAAAGUACUACAGAAGCAAGAACAAGCACAUCUGUAUGUAACUUGGAAGUUGCUGAUAUGGGUAUGUCAGCAAUAUGACCAUGAUACCUAUGUCAUACAAAUGUACCACCUUUUUAAUAACAGAGUAUUUCAAAUUGAAAUUUUGCAUUUUAAUGAAGUUUAUCAUUUCACAUACAGCAAACUGGCACUGAGUAACUUAAUAAAAAUACCCUUUAUUUCAAUACCACUUGGUAAUACUUGUUUGAGCAUAAUCGAUAUGUAUUCUUAGAGGAUUAAGUUAACCCAAAUUAACCUAAGACUAGCAUCCCUUUUCAAAAAGAUUUGUUACAUGUAUAACAAUUGCACAAUUUCUGUAACAAAUCCACCAUCAGCCAAUCAAAUUGAAUGAUUUCAGUCGCUUAAAACUGUUAUAAGAAUUUGUUAUGACAAGUUUUAUGAUAUGGGCCCGUAUUUGUGGAGUGCUAGUUGCAAACUAGUACAGAUUAGUUUAAUUCUGAAUUGAAAUUAGUGCAUUAUCUUUGUCGUGAAAAAUAACUAAUCAAGAAUUCUACAGAAGUUUGGACUAAUUCUCUGGACUCAGGAGACCUGAUUAAUUAAUUAAUGAGAAUACCAUUCUGUAAAUCAUUGACAACUGUGCAUUCCAAGUAUUUUAGCAAAAUCUUGAGACCACUGAAAUUACCACGUGACAGUAGCAAUCCUGUUACAUUGUGUAAGAGGCAAGAUGUAAACAUAAGCAAGUAAUUCUUUUCAAGUAGCACCACAAACUAUAAAGGUAUGCCCCCAAAUGUCAUGUCCCUUUGCCACAUGUGUGAUAUCAUUGCUGCUUUCUUGAAUCCUGCAUUGUUUUCUCUAUGGAGGAUGAGAAGGGAAGAAAAUGAGCAGGAUUCCUGAUGAAUUCAAAAGCUUCUCAUGACCAAGAGUUUUGUCAAGUUACUUCAAUGCAUCACUCCUUUAUAGUAUUUGUCAAACUCUUGUUAAAGGGAAAAUUCACCCUGACAAUUACGGUGUUUUUGACAUGAGCAAGACCAGUUUAGAAAGAUAUCGGCAAACUCGGUGCUAUUACAGUGGAAAGUAGAUCAUAUUACAUUUAGCCUAAUAUUUAACGCCACUUGCAAAAGCAUUAAGCUGGAAGUUUUCCCUGAUGUAAAGUUGGUUUGAGUAAAAGGAGAAACACAUAAGAAACAUAAUGGUAAAAAUUUGACACAUAUCUGAGAUUUUCUGAGAUAUCAUUUUAAGUAAUUUAUAGUACGAGACAUGAGGGAGUUGCUCACAUAUGAUGUCUUAAAAUAAAAACUUUAAACAUCCGUAACUCUGUCCAUAUAUUUUUUCACUCAUUCUUUGCCAAUAUGUGUCUUUCAUUUAUCUGAUUUUAGCAUUUGAACCAUCUUUAUGUAAUGAUGAAAUUCACUUUUUAGUAAUAUUUGGUGGAAAGUAUUGGGCUCGGCACAAAACAAUCUAAUUUCCACUGUAAUAGCACUGAAAUCACAAAAGCAAUGUACUGUUUCACAUGAAAUCAGUAAUAAAUGAUUACCAAAGACAGACAUAUAAUAUGGGCCUUUUAAACACAUUAAAAGAAAGUAACUAGGAAAGUUUGAGUGGCAGAAAAAUAAAACAUAAACAUCACAACAUUCUAUCUCGGCUGCUUUGAACCUUUUACAAUGGACAAGACUUAAUAUAAGCCAUACCAAUGCUAAGAAAUAAUGCAUCGAUUGGAUGUCAACAUAUGAGAAAUGUUUAAGAAAUUGUUCAGCCAAAUAGUUAUUGCGUGAACUUAACUUUUAAACAACUAACCGUUUGAUCUAAUAUUCAAGUUUGGGUUAAUUUUCAUACAUGUAUGCAAACUUUGGUGAAAAUCUAGCACAUCAUAAAUCAAUUACAUGGCAGUUUAUUAUUUACUUUUUCAUGAACUAUUUUGAUAUUCUUUUUACAAGAGAGGUGAGAACUUCAUGAAAAAUAACUUUGAUUGGUACUUGGAAUGUUCUAGAAAAUAAUGGGAAAAGAUUGUAGCAAGACCUGUUAUAUUUUCCUAUAGAACAUAUACUUCUUAUAAAUCAUGACACAAAAUUCAUAGGGGAAAAAUUUAAUUAAAUAUUAACUCCAAGAUAAGACUUCUUAAACUACAUAGCUGUUUAAGAGAAAACAAAAUGGAGACACCAACAAAUUUCACUCAACUUAAAUUCAAGACAUGAAUCAUGAGGAGUGAAAAGGAAUCUGAAAAAUGUCAUGAGAAAUUGUAAUAAAUGAUUAUUUUUUCCUCCAUCAUUGUCAUUUAACUUAAUCAGAGAUAUGAGACAAUGCAUUUAUAGCAAGUGUAGGGAUGAAAGUUAAUGUGAACCCAAAUUGGCUUUCCAUAUGUCAAUUAAUAUUGAACUAGUCAUUAAGUAGAGAUCUAUAAGACACCCCUGGACUUUGUCUCACAAAGAGUUGCAAUUGAUAGAAAACCAGCAAUGUCUGGUAUGUAUUGUAUAAAUAGAAAGCAUAUCAUCAAAGUGUUCUCUUUAUAAUUAUGAUGAAAACUGACAAAUUAAUAUUUUGAAGAAAACAAAUUAGAAAAAAAAAACGAAAGCAGCAUUAAGGCCUAUCAGAUGAAAAUGAAGUUGGCCUUUCAUGUAUGGGAUUGAUUAGAUUAAAAUUUUUGCAAGGUGUAAUGUCUUGUGUAAUAAUAUAGUAAUUCCAUCCAUGUGUAGCAACAGUAGUAAAAAGUCCUAAAUCCAAGACUUCACUGACAUCUAUUCUACU